AGCGGCGUGCAGGGGGUGCCAUGGCCGGCGGGGCCAUGGCGGGCGGUGGGGAUUCAUUCCGUGCUCUGCUCCGCGCCGCCAACGCGCUCCUGCAGCAGCGCCGCUACCACGCCGCGCUCGCCGUCAUCAAGGGCUUCCGCAACGGCGCCGUUUAUGGAGCCAAAAUCCGUGCCCCACAUGCCCUGGUGAUGACUUUCCUGUUCAAGAGUGGGAGUUUAAGGGAGAAGCUGAAAUCCAUUGCCCAGGCUACGUACGCUCAUUCCAGGAACCUGGCCUAUUUUGUGUUCACCUACAAGGGGCUCCUGGCAGCACAGUCCCGACUGCAGGGGAAAAAAAUCCCAUUUCAUUCUUUCCUUGCAGCCUGCAUUGGAGGCUGGCUGGUGUUUGGUGACAACAAUCCCAUCAACAGCCAGAUCAUCAUGUACCUGCUGUCCCGGAUCCUGUUUGGUCUGUCUCGGCUGGCUGUGGAAAAGGGCUACAUCCCACAGCCCAAGCAGGAUCCCUUCCCUCUCGUGGCUGCCCUGGUGUGGGGGACAGUCUUGUGGCUCUUUGAAUACCACAGGGAGACUCUGCAGCCCUCCCUGCAGUCCUCCAUGACCUACCUGUACGAGGACAGCGAGGUGUGGCACGACCUGUCUGACUUCCUCAUUUACAACAAAAGGACGGACAGCAAGUAGGUGCUUCACUCUAAAACACCUCAGAAUGGGAUGAGACCGCCCAGCAGCUGAGGGAAAAGGUUAUUCUGUUGCUCUUGACCUGUGAUUUUUCUUAAAUUUACAUCUAUCAAGCAGAGUUGGCUCUUGUCUCCAGGCCAGAAUGUUCUGAUCAGUCUUUUGGCUCCUUUUAGAGCUAGCAUACACCCCACAGAAACUUGUUGCAGUCUUUUUUAAGAGGCCUUAUUUUCCCUACAAGUAUGGUGUUGGGGCUUCUUCUUUAAAAACUAAAUAUAUUUAUAAAAUGACAGCCUGACACCAAGUGGAGAGUGUGAAAACAUGUUCUGUGGCUCAUCUGAAUGUUUAGAACUGUUUUCUUCUUUGCUGCUAUGCUCACUGCAGUGUGAUUGAGGGUGAAGGGAGUGGGGGACCUGCUGGGCUCUGAAAGCAGGGCCAUCAUUUCUUCAUUGCUGGGGAUGGCUGGAAAUCCUGUUUAAACUAUUACAAGGACAGCUGUGUGCUCCUUGAGAGAGUUCUGCAGUUUUCCCUAGAGAAACAAUAAAAUAUGUAAGAAUAGAACUGUUAGGAUUGUCUUGUACAAGCCUGGUAAGUCAGGCUUGGAAAGACUAUUUUUGCUUGGUUUCUUUCCUGCACUUGGGCUGAAUCUGGGCCUCUGCAGAGUGCACUAAUAAAUAACCUGUAAUUAUUUCAAAUUUGUUUGUAAAGCUUUUAAAAGCUGCUUGAACUAAAUACCAAAAACUGUUACACAACGUGGGCUCCUCUACACCCCAGGGCUUGGAUCUCAGGCUGGGGACUUUGUGUGUCCAAGGGAGCACCAUUUGCCAAGCACUUUUAUUUUGGUGGAGCAUGGCAAGGUCGUGCUCUGAGGUCCAGAAUCUGCCCUCCACAGUAGUGGCACAUGUUGGCAGUAACCAGAUUUGAAUCUGAUUUUGUACCUGUAGUUUGUGCAGGCCUGUUGCUGAGCCAGGCCGAGGCCAUGAAUUAAUUUAUUAAUUAUCUUCCUCUCACAAACACUCUUCUGAGCCCCAGGAUAGGGCAGCAUGCCCUGAGAUGUGGCAGAAGAUUGACUAGAUAGCUGAGAAAGCACAAAAACUGAUUUAAUUAAUCAGUUAAUAAAUUUAAAUUCCUAACAGUGCAAGGCACUCACCUGCCAUAUAACACUACACAGUUCACUCAGUGAUGUGCACUGAAAUAAUUCCGCCACACUGGUUUGAUGUGAUGAUAUUUCCAAGAGAAUCAUUGAGUUCCCUGUUCCCUUUUGGCUCAGUUGGGACUAUUUGGUUCAGUUUCCCUGUAUCCACUUGCUUUUCCUUGACCUGCCCAUGUCAUAAUCCUGCUGGUGCUCUCUUCAUCAUCUUUUGAACUUAUUACUCUCCAGGCUCUGGCAAUGUCUCCUAUUCAGUGGCACAGCUGAAACAGUACAUUUAACUUCAGGGAGCUUCUGAGUAGAAAAAAAUUCUCAAUUUGUUCUUAAGUAAUUUUGCCUUGUCCUCCUAAACUCCUUUAUUACUGUAGCUCAUAUUCAGAGUGCUGCUUUGCUCUUUAUUUUUCCACUUUUCUUUGUCCAUGCAAAUCCAUGAUGUAUGUGAUGCCCAAAAACCAAGAUGCUUCUUUGUUACAAUAACUCUCUAUGAUCCUUUUAACUUCUAAUUUCAUUGCUAGCUUCUGCUUAACUGCUGUUACUGUCUGGAUUGAAUAAUGGAAUUGGAGCAUCCAUCAGACCCCAUGAAAGCUGUAAAGUUAGGAAUUUGGUUUGUUUCUUUUGGUUAAAUAUUUUUCUCUGUGUAGAGAAGCAUAAAGAUUCAAUACAGCUGAAGCUACAGGUGAAAUCUGAUUCCUUUAUAAGCAUCUUUAUUUCCACCACUCCUGAGUAUUUGAAGCAUCACAAUUUUUUGUGUCAGAAGCCUUAAUAGUGUUCCAAAUAAGAGCAUUGGUAUUCUGCUAAAAUUGGUGAAUUCCUGCAAGCUUUGAUGGGAUUUCAGAAAGCUGACAGCUGUGGCUUGGGAAUUGCCUCCUAAAACUAUUAAACUCACAAAUCCUU